CUCCAUAAAGACAAAUUCUUUGUCAAAAUCCCUCCUCCUGCUGUAUGUUUUCAGAGAUUCACACAGUACACACGUUUCCCCACCUCCAUUGAAGCACCCAUUGAAGCUUUCGACCAUUUCUUGAAGAAUUUACCUCCAAAUUUUAUACGUAUCGUAUGAUGAAUUUGCCAUAAAAAGUGGAGGAUACCAGAAGGAACAAUGACGAAAAGGGUACCGCCUGGUUCAUCUUCUUCGUUAUCGACACCCCAAAAUUUGUGGCUGAUUUGGAAGCUUGUGAUUCUUCUGAGCAUCACUUUUUUAGUUCUAACACUUGUUCGGAUUCAGCUUUACUAUGACACUUCCCCACAGUUCUCAUCGUCUUCUUCAGCUCGAGUUUAUCGGCGAUCUCAGCUUCCGAUUUGGAAAGAUGAUGAAGGUUUUGAAGGAAACCCUAGAAUUGCUUUCCUCUUUCUAGUUCGUCGAGAUCUCCCCCUUGAUUUCCUCUGGCAAAGCUUCUUCGAGAAUGCUGAUGCAGCAAAUUACUCAAUUUAUGUUCAUUCUUCUGAGGCUGGUUUAGUGUUCGAUGAAAUGUCUACAAGAUCAAGCUUCUUUUAUAAUCGACAAUUAAGCAAUAGCAUUAAGGUAGGUUGGGGUGAAUCAAGCAUGAUAGAAGCUGAAAGAUUGCUACUUCGAGCAGCCCUUGAAAAUCCAGCAAACCGGAGGUUUCUUCUCUUAUCAGACAGUUGUGUGCCUCUCUACAACUUUACCUAUAGUUACCAUUACCUGAUGGGUUCUUCUAAAAGUUUCGUAGACAGCUUUCUUGAUAUGAAAGAAGGUCGCUACAAUCCCAAGAUGUCUCCUGUUAUACCAAUGAGGAAAUGGCGAAAAGGCUCACAGUGGUUUGCAUUAGUUCGAAGUCAUGCAAAAGCUGUUGCAUAUGAUGAUGUCGUAUUUCCAGUUUUCAAGAAGUUAUGUAAGAGACGUCCACCCUUAGAUGCCAGUAAAGGAAAGCAGAAUCUUAAACUUCAGAAGCAGCAUAAUUGCAUUCCCGACGAGCAUUACGUUCAGACAUUACUUGCGAUGAGUGAUCUCGAGGGUGAGCUUGAACGACGAACGGUGACAUACACUUCAUGGAUGGUUUCAUCUACAAACAUGGAAACGAGAAGCUGGCAUCCUGUAACGUAUAAUUAUGCAAGUUCUAACCCCGAACAAAUCAAAAGGAUCAAGGAUAUCAACCAUGUGUUAUACGAGACUGAACACCGAACGGAGUGGUGUCGAAGUAAUGCAGUGCUAGUCCCUUGUUUUCUCUUUGCUCGAAAGUUCUCGAGAGACGGGGCUAUGCGGCUUUUGAGCCAAGGAGUGUCGGGAAACUUUGACGCAUCUGCUUUGCUACGUACGACCCCCUGAACUCAAUUAUACAUGUUUUGUACUCUUUCAUCACAUUAUUUGAACCAUUUAUAUGAUAGGAAAAAAUACAGAGUACACAGAGUUGAAAAAAAGGAUGCUUUUAGAAGCAAAAGUUUUAGCAAAGGUUUCUUGAGGUCAUGUUAGUUAGGAGUAUAUUAGUAAAUGGUGUAGUAUGUGAAACAACAUUUGUAAAAGUUGGUGAUUAU